UCAACGCGUGAGGGAGCUUUGCCAGCACCACAGCAGCAGCAGCACCGUGACAAUUGCCGCCAAUCAAUUAAGUUCCGUUUAGUGAUGCAAACACCGAAACUGCUCGUAUGCUAUAAUAGAAGCCAUAGUUAAACACUCUCGAAAGGCGCUAUCCAACAAACAAACAAAUAAAUGAAAAAAGUUAAAAAGCAGUGAAGUGGAGAAAAGUAAUAUUCAAGUGAAAAACUAAAAACAACAAAGCAACAAACAACAACAAAAAGCAUGUGAUGUGAACAACAAAAACGGGACAGUUUUAUGCUCGAAAAAGAAUUUACGUGGCAGGUGUGUACGAGGGAGCCAACAGCACUGAGCGCACUAGCACAUAGCUCCAGAGACCAGCAGUAGUGGCAUUCCACAGAGAGAGAGAGAUUGUACAUAAUCUACGAUAUAUAUUAUAUAGUUGAUUUCGUAGCCGUUGAGAUGCCAAUUGAUUUUGAUUUUUGCAAAUUUUAACAAGACAUUUAUAUGAUUUGAUAUCUCGACGAAGAAGGAAUUCGCAUACAAAUUACAGCUGAAUUUUCGAGCAGGAAUUUCAGUUGGACCGCACCGCACUGGUCUCGCACGGGGACGGGGCAAGGUCAUAUCGAUUGUCAUCAGCUGCUGUCAUUGCCUCACACUCACACAGACAUGGCUGCUAGCGUGCUGCACAAGCCAGGGAGGUGCUUGCACCAUAUGCUUAUAAUAUAUGGACUAAUAUUUGUAUGCAGUGCAACGACACUUGACCUCCCUCCGUUGCCGGAUUUGUGUGACUCAAUUAAAUGUCCGCCAGAGUCGGAGAUGCAGUGCCCGUCGGAUAGUUCUGUACGCGAAACACUAAAUGCCGUGGACCUCAUUAAAUCGAAUGCGGUUGACAGUUCCAUACCCACAGGAGAAGGAGCAGAAGCAGAAGCAGAAGCAGGGGCAGAGGUUGGAGCCGCUGCCGCAGUCGUAAACGCUUUAACCGCAGCGGAGUCACAAAUGUUGUACAACACGAGCCUCAUACCCGACGAGGCCUAUGCCCAGUGCUGUCUUGCGAAGAAGUGUGUGUGCCGGACGUGCUACAUACCCGACUGCGACACGGCUGCGGGGGAGGUGGUGGUGGAGCUGGUGCCAGAGGCGAUGGACACGCCAGGCCAGUGCUGCGGGGAGUACCAGUGCCGGAAGGAGCCCAACUGCACGGAGGUGCGGGAGACGGACUUCUAUUGGCUCCAGCAGUGCCAGCGCUGUCAGUGCACCUCGGGGGCGCGCAUCUGUCGCCAGAGCUGCGACGAGGCGGAUGCCGAGAAGGUUGAAUCGAAUGCCAUUUGCGAGUCGAAGAACCUCAACGAGUACUUCAAGGACGGCGAUACCUGGAGGGACGAGUGCCUCGAGUGCGAGUGCGUCCGGGGGGAGCAGAAGUGCACGAUAUCCUCCUGUGGGAAUGUCGACUGCCCCAGUGAGCGGCAUGUCUUCCUCAAGGACACCUGUUGUCCGGUAUGCUGGCCCGAGGGUCAUCCCGUGCCACAUGAAAAGCCAAAAGACGAUGCAGAUGCAGAUGCAAAUGCAGAUGCAGGAGGAAAUUCCGAUGUCAGUGACGAUUACAAGGAGGAGGAUUCCAAUGAGGAACAACCAAUUCCCCCAUUGCUCCCCGAGGCCACACAACGGACCACAAUUUCAGUUAGUGCGGAGCUUCUGGCCACCACAACAACGACAACGACAACGACAACAACAGCAGCUCCAUCAAGCCCAGCAUCCACCUCCACCUCCCCGCAGCAGCAUCCACAGCAGCCAUGUUGCCAGUGCUCCUACGAGUUGGAGCCCAAAAUGGUGGAAGUUGUCAGCGAUGAUAAUGACUUCGACUUCUGGGUGGUGGCCUCCAUUGCGGGAUGCCUGAUCUGCAUCUGCCUGGGAGAAUUCUAUUACAUUCUGCAAUUGCGUGCCAAGAAACGUUCCUACGAUCCGGUCUCCAUUCUGGAUCAUAGCAUCUAACGAAGGGAAAACCUAAACUAAACUUUAUUUUCGUGCCCAUUUUUUUUGUGUGCUUUCGUUUGUGCGAAAAUUGAUUAACAGAAUGACACUUCUUUGAUCGGACAUGCUAUAAUUUAUUUCUUUGUCAAAAAAGGAAUACCAAAUACCCCACGGGUGUCCUUUCGCUUAGGGGAACAUCGAAACGAACGAUGUGAAUGUGCUCGCUGGCGGAGUGGGAAAACCCAAUAUUUCUUUGUUUAUUUGGUAUUGAUCUCAUUUUUAAAUUUUCCUUUUUUUUAUUUUCAAAAUUUUGCAAACAAAAACAUAAAAAAACGAAAAUCGCAACGAAAUUUCCGCAGCAACAACAAUCAAAAAAGUAUUCUUAUGAAAUUACAAAAAAACAAAACGAUAAAUAUUUAGAACAAAGAAAGAAAAAAGGUUAAGAAAUGUCAAGAGUUACUAUUACUAAACAAAAAUACAAAAUUAAAAACACAGAAAAGAAUAAAUAUAAAAUAUAAAAUUGUACAUACAAGUUAAAUCUGAACUCUUUUCUUUGAUCUAAGAGAACUAUAAUACCAAAACCAAGGAGAAUGAAGAGAAGAACAAAAAAACAAGAAAGAAAAAUAGUUUUUAGUUGUAGCUCUUAAUUUAGGAAGUAUGUGAUAUAUAUGCUAAUUAGCUUAUGGUUAUUAUGUCAACACAAACACACACACACACGAAGAAAAGAAACAAGUAUUUGCAACACAUACACGCGACACACACACACACACACAGAUUCCAUCCCCCAGAGUACUGGCGGGAGGAGUGACUCCAUCUUUAGCUAAUGUCAUAAUGUUGCCACAUAAAUGUAUACUA